CUCUGGUCUGAAACGCAAGCCACGGACACUCCCAGUUGCCUUUCCUGAUAAUAGAUAAUGGCACUCCACCUGUUCUCCUGGUCGCCGCUGCGCACCAUCGGCUCAACCUUCAAUGCUGCGUCCGCUCGUCGCUGGAACUGGACCGCUGCUCCAAAUGCUGCCGCAACUGCUGAGCAUAUUUCGAUUCUAAAUAACAAUACGCAACGGACAUCCCGUCGCCGAGCCCGUCGGUUCAUCGAAGAGCAGAAGGCUAUCAACGAAAGCCGUCCCCUGGAGAGAUUUCAGACCCGUGAAUGGAAGGCUGGUGAUAUCUAUGCUCCUCACGAUCUCAGUCCUUCGCAGAUGAGGAGGUGGAAAGAGCGUCACUCCCCGUCCACAGAUGUCUUCGACUCUCUGAACUUGAAUCCCUUAACUAUGUACAAGAACUUCUCGAUCAUGUCCGAAUACAUGACCCCCAUGGGCCAGAUCAAGCACCGCAAUGAGACCGGUCUGCGCCCAGUCAACCAACGGAAAAUGGCCAAGGCUAUCCGUAGAGCAGUCGGGCUUGGACUGAUGCCUAGUGUCCACCGGCACCCGGAAAUUCUGGCCGCUCAGGUUCAGUCACGUUUGGAGGGAGAAUCGAUCUGGGCUGCGAACCCCACCACCACGAGGGGCCAGCCCACUCAACUCUCGUCGGACGCCAAAGGUGAACGGCUUGCAUAUGCGGCCAAUAAGUCCAUCUUCUUGCGCUCCAUCGACAACCCCUCGAUCGCCAGACAGUACACCGAACACAAGGCCCAGACAACAGUCGCCCGUUUCUCCCCCUCUGGCUUCUAUGUGGCGAGUGGUGAUGCGACCGGUAUUGUGCGGGUUUGGGACUGUGUCGGAGAUGGCAUCACCAAGGGUGAAUACAGCAUUGUGAACGGCCGCAUUAACGACCUUGCCUGGGACGGCGAUUCCCAGCGCAUCAUUGCGGUUGGUGACGGCAAGCAGCGAUAUGGGCACUGUAUCACCUGGGACAGUGGUAACACGGUCGGCGAGAUUUACGGGCACACACAACAAAUCAACUCCGUCUCUAUCAGGCAACAAAGACCGCUGCGGGCCGCCGCCGCCGGUGACGAUAAAAACCUCGUCUUCUACCACGGCGCGCCGUUCAAGUUUAACACAGGCAUACGAGACAAGCACACCAAUUAUAUUUAUGGUGUUGGCUUCAGCCCCGAUGGCUCAACCCUUGUCAGUGUCGGUGCUGACCGGAAGAUCUGGCUCUACGACGGCAAGACUGGCGAGCCGAGAAGUCAAAUUGGAGAAGGAGAGCACAAAGGAAGCAUCUUCGCUGUCUCGUGGGCGAAAGAUUCGCGCAAGUUUGUGACUGCCAGCGCUGACAGGACUGUGAAGAUCUGGGAUGUGGAAGCGGGUAAGGUUACCCAGAGCUGGGAUAUUGGAGAAGAAGGGAUGUCAAACGUCGGAGAUCAGCAAGUUGGAGUGGUGUGGCCUCCGGCUAGAAGUGAUAACCUGCUCAUCAGUCUCUCGUUGAGCGGGGAUCUGAACUACCUGGUGGAAGGCACUCCCAAGCCCCGGCAGGUAAUCCAGGGCCAUCAGAAGAACAUCACGUCCCUGACCCAGCUCCGCUCUGGCAGCGACACGGAAACAUUAUGGUCGGGCAGCUUUGAUGGAAGGGUCUGCCAUUGGGACGUCCCGGCGGGAACUGCGGAAGAGGUGGAAGGAGACGGCCACACAGCCUACAUUGCCGGUCUUGCUCCGACUCAGGAGGGCGCCGGACGCAUCUACAGCGUCGCUUGGGAUGACACGAUUCGAUCUGUUGAUCUUGGUGCUAAGACCUACACCGGCGUCUCGUCCAAGUUGUCUGGCCAACCCAAGGGGAUCGCGGCUGCAAAGGACAAGGUGGUAGUAGGGACAACCGAGAGCGUGGAGAUAUUUCACGAUGGGCACAAGACCGGCGAGUUCAAGCCUCAGUUCGCCGUGACGACAGUUGCAGCCCAUGGGGGCUUGGCUGCGAUCGGUGGUGAGGACUCGUCCGUCCAGAUCUGCGACAUCUCAGCCCAGGGAUUAACCCCCAAGACCGAGUUCAAGGCAUCGCGGAACGCAAUCUCGGCCUUGACAUUCUCCCUGGACGGAUCGCUCCUGGCCGUUGGGGAUUCCCGGGGCCGUGUGCUGGUCUACAAGGCUGCCGAUGGCCAACUGGUCACCGACCGAUGGACGGCGCACACCUCCCGAGUUACCUCCAUCGCGUGGAACGAGGACAAUACCCAUGUUGUUAGUGGAGGCCUCGACACCAACAUCUUCGUGUGGAGCUUGACGAAGCCGGGAGACUGGCUGCAAGUCUCCAAUGCCCACAAAGAGGGCGUGAAUGGAGUCGCUUGGAUUGCAGGCGGAUCUAAGAUUGCAUCGGCCGGAGCGGAUGCAGCGAUCAAACUACGAUAUGCGACCUUCGUCCUCCCACGAACUGGUCAGCGACUGAAAGGUCUUAUUCAUCUCCGAAAUCCGGAUUCCGGGUUGAAUGGCAACAGCGAUGACGACGAGCGCCGAGCGCUUCUGACCGGCGAGAUUGCUGCCCCUCGCGAAGGUCUACUGGCGCGUCUGUGGGGUCAUACCAUAAGUAUUGGUCCACAAGCGCAUGGAUUUAUCUCGUCAGAACUGGGGAUCGGCGUCUUGAAGUGUAGUCUAGCUUAUUUGCUUGGCUCCCUCGCAACCUUCGUGCCCGCUAUAUCCUCAUUCUUGGGCCACCAAGAUGGCAAACAUAUGGUGGCUACGGUCACUGUUUACUUCCAUCCUGCGCGAUCGCAGGGGAGCAUGUAUAAAGCCUUGAUCUGUGCAUUUGCCGCUUUCCUCUACGCCGCUCUCGUCUCCGUAACCAGCAUGUUUGUCUCGAUGUUUUUUCAAGACACCUUAAACAUGGUUCUCCUUGGUCACGCCGUCGUCUUAGUCGUGUUCUGUGGAGGUGGCCUGGGCUUCAUUGGAUGGACAAAGCAGAGGUUUGGUGACCCUCUUGUGAACGUCGCAUGCUCGUUGGCGUCGCUUUCCACCAUCACGGUGUUGACAAAAGAGGGCGCGGUGCAGAGUGGUGAUUUGUCAUUUGCAAAGAUUUCCCAAGUCCUGAAGAUGGUGGUCAUGGGAGUAACGGCCUCCAUGGCAGUAUCUUUUCUGAUAUUUCCGAUCUCGGCACGAAAGCAACUGCGGUCAAACCUCACUACGGUCACGGAGACCUUGGCAACAAUGCUGGCUUUGAUCACCGAGAGCUUUCUGAGUGGCUCGGAAGAGGAGCUUCAGACGGCGGAAUUUCUCGAGACCGCCGCACGGCAUAAAAAAGCGUACGGUCAGCUGGACAAGCUUGUGCGUGAAGCUAAAAUGGAGCAUUUCGUUGUAGGUACCGAAAAGGAAUACAGACUAGAAAAGACACUGGUCCGCUGGGUCCAGGAUAUCACACACAAUCUAGGUGGUUUGCGCAGUGCUGCUCAUCUACAGUUUCAGCUGCUCAAGCAAACCCAAGCUACCGAGACUGCACACCAGGCCUCGGAUGUCAAUUUUGGACUCGGUGCUGGUCCGCUACCCAGUCCCUGGUCAUUACACGAGGACCGUCCGCUUCUGGAACCCAUCUACGAGAGGCCAGAAGAAGACAUGUUGGAGGCAACGGGCGGGGACGAGUUCGAUUUCAAUGCAGGGAAUGGUACCAGUCCUGAAGCCGAACAAGCUCUCCACCCGGCGGACAUCUUUGCUAUAUUUAUCAGCCAUCUGGGGCCCUCAAUGAGAUCUCUAGCGUUCACGCUGAAGGAGAUCUUUCGCGAUAUUCCUUUCAAGCCGGAAUCUGGCUAUCGAGUAUCAAUCAAUAGCAAAUACCGCUCGAGUCUUGAUAGAGCGCUGCUAUUAUAUCGAGAUUCGCGAGAAGAGGCGCUCAAGACCAUUUAUCGGCAACGAGAAGUCCUCGGAAUCCAGACGCUGGAAGUCGAGGCUGACCUGGAGGAGGUGUCUGCCAGCUGCGGGCAUUUCAGUUUUUCGUUGCUUGAAUUUGGAGAGCAGCUGAAAGAGCUUCUCGCCAUCUUGGAUGAGCUGCAGCUUGAGAGCGAGGAGAGGCCCGGUGGCCGAUCAUGGAAUUGGCUCAAGUUCUGGCGCUGGGCCUUCGAGGGACGAGCAAAGAGGGACAUGUCGGAUGCCACGAUGGAGCAGGCCCAUCUAGGCGAGCCCAACCUCCUCAAGCCGCCUGGUGGUUCGAGCGGGUCAUCCAAUGUCACCGCAAUCAGUCUUGCAAAACAGAGAAUUGGUUAUCGUUUGUGGCGCUCCCUUGGGGUUUUCCGCCGGGACGACACCAAGUUUGCGAUCAAAGUUGGCACUGGCGCAGCCCUUUAUGCCCUGCCUGCAUUCAUCCCGUCCACUCGACCAGUUUACGGCCAUUGGCGAGGCGAAUGGGGUUUGCUCUCGUACAUGUUGGUUUGUUCUAUGACUAUUGGAGCCUCGAAUACGACGGGAUACGCACGUUUCCUCGGUACCUGUUUGGGCGCAGGUUGUGCGAUCCUCUCAUGGUAUGCCACGGACGGAAACGUUUUUGGCCUCGCAAUUCUAGGCUUGCUCAUGGCUAGUUGGAACUUCUACAUCAUCAUCGUGCGAGGUCAAGGGCCAAUGGGCCGAUUCAUCAUGCUGACAUAUAACCUCUCGGUUCUCUACGCCUAUUCACUUACUCAGAAAGAAGGCAGGAAUGAUCAAGAUGAAGGAGGGGACAGCCCCAUCAUCACCGAGAUUGCCCUGCAUCGUGUGGUUGCUGUUCUAUCGGGCUGUCUCUGGGGUAUUAUCAUAACGAGGUUGAUCUGGCCGAUCAGUGCACGAGAGAGGCUAAAAGACGGACUGAGUCUGCUCUGGCUUCGCAUGAGCUUGAUCUGGAAGCGUGGCCCCUUGUCCACUAUGGCCAACCCGAAGGAGUCUGCGGGAUUCAUGAGCGCGCGGGAGAAGCUAGAAGUCGAACGAUUCCUGUCACAUCUGGAGUCUUUGCAAGCCUCCGCUCGUUCAGAGUUUGAGCUGAGGAGUGCUUUCCCCGAUGCUAGCUAUGGCAAUAUCCUUCGUCGUACGCGCAGCAUGGUGGACGCUUUCGUCGCCAUCAACCUAGAACUGGUCAAAAACAUGACGGCGUCCGAGGGAGAGUUAUCUAUCUUAAGGUACACUGUGAAGGAGAGGCAGCAGCUGUCUCAUCGUAUCAGUCAUUUGCUGACAGUUAUGGCCUCUUCCAUGAAGCUGGAGUAUCCUCUAAGCGAUGCUCUGCCGAACGUUGAGCACGCCCGAGAUCGACUCCUGGCGCGUCUUUUUCAUUAUCGUAAAGACCCUGAGGCAUCUCGAAUGUCGACCGACGAAGACUAUGCUCUGUUGUAUGCAUACGUGCUGGUGGUGGGACAAUUGUCCGGAGAAAUCGAAGCCAUUCUUGGGGAAAUUGGUCGUCUUUUCGGAGUUCUGGAUGAGGAUGCAGUGAAGUUGUAUGCUUAGACGUCGGCUGGCGGUAGGACCAAGCGCCCGGACUGUAGAGAGGAAUAGCUUUGAAAAGUGAAUUCCAC